AUGGCGCAUGAGAUCUCGCACAAAAUGGAUUUCCGCAUCUCUAAAUCUCGAACUAUUCCUCAGCGAGAGACGAGCUACGACACCUCGAGAACGACAGACUACCUUCCGCACUCGCCAUGCUUAGAUCCCAAUGAGGUGAAGAUCAUCCACCUCCGCGCCACCGGCGGUGAGGUUGGAUCUUCAGCAACACUCGCUCCCAAGAUUGGCCCUCUCGGCCUCUCCCCUAAGAAAGUCGGAGAAGAUAUUGCGAAGGCAACCGGUGACUGGAAAGGACUCCGUGUCACAGUCAAACUCACAAUCCAAAACCGACAAGCUGCUGUCUCCGUGGUACCGUCAGCAUCGUCUCUCGUCAUCCGUGCCCUCAAGGAGCCACCCCGUGACCGCAAGAAGGAGAAGAACAUCAAACAUUCCAAGUCAAUCCCACUCGACGAGAUCUUCGACAUUGCACGAACAAUGCGCGGCGCUAACAAGUCUUUGGCCCGUGAAUUGAAGGGUACAGUCCUCGAGAUCCUCGGCACUUGCUUUAGUGUUGGGUGCCAGGUUGAUGGCCGGUCGCCGAAGGAGAUCAGUGACGAGAUCAAGGAGGGUUCGAUUGAAGUUCCUGAUGAGUAG